AGCUGUUGAAGUAGCAGUUGUUGUUGAGAGCCCGGUGUGGGAUCAUUGGAGAUCGCGCCCCAUCACGAGCGUUUUUUUUUCAUAUUUAUCCCUUUCAUAUAUUUUAGUCCUUUCAAUUAUAUUUUUAUUUUUAUUUUUCUCCUUUGAUGAUGAAGUGGUAGUAGGAGUGAAAAACCAAGCAAAACCCCCCAAUCCCCAAUGCCCAGAUUCUUCACGCAGUUGGUUUCGGAGCAGAGGAGCAGCCGUAGCCGCAGCCGAAGCGAAGCGUAAAAGAAAGUUAGCAAAAAGGAGCAGAAGCCAUGAAGAGAGAGCUGGAUCCUCAUCUCCACUCGCUGCCGGAAUCUUCUAACGCGGCGGCGACUGCCAGCUCUAGCAAUAUUGGCAAAGCCAAGAUGCGCUGGGAGGACGAUACCCAACAGCAGGACGGUGGCGUGGACGAGCUCUUGGCCGUGUUGGGGUAUCAAGUGCGGUCCUCCGACAUGGCGGAGGUGGCCCAGAAGCUGGAGCUUCUCGAGGAUUUGAUGGGUAAUGCUCAGGGAGACGGCCUCUCUCAUCUUGCGUCUGAUACCGUUCAUUACAAUCCCUCCGAUCUGUCCACAUGGCUCCAGAGUAUGCUCUCCGAGUUACACCCCCCACCUCCCAAUCAAUUCGAUCCCAUGGUGCCGCCCGCCGCCGGCGCCCGGGCACCUCCGGUUUCUCUCGACGAUUCGUUUUUGGGUCAGGCAGACUCCUCCACCAUCACCUCCAUCGAUUUCGAUCCGCAAAAUAGUAAUAAUAAUCCGAGACGAGGAGUGUUCGAAGAAUCCUCUACUUCCGAUUAUGAUCUCAAAGCUAUUCCCGGUAAGGCCUUGUAUAGUCAACCCCAAAGCCAGAGCCAGAGCCAGAGCCAUAGCCAUAGUCAUAGCCAUAGCCGAAACUCUCAGAUCGAAUCUCCGUCGUCCAAGCGAUUGAAACCCUCGUCCGGGUCCGGGUCAAAUCCAGAAAAUUAUUUCUCGGGUUCUUCUUGUAUAGGAGGCGGCGGUUUAACUGUUCCCAGCGACUCCACUCGCCCUGUCGUGCUCAUCGACUCGCAAGAGAACGGAAUUCGGCUCGUCCACGCCCUGUUGGCUUGCGCCGAGGCCGUACAACAGAACAACCUCAACCUCGCUGAGGCCCUGGUCAAGCAGAUCGGAUUCUUGGCCGUGUCCCAAGCCGGCGCUAUGAGAAAGGUCGCCACGUACUUCGCGGAGGCCCUGGCUCGCCGAAUCUACAGGGUGUACCCUCAGAACCCUAUAGACCACUCGCUCUCCGAUAUCCUCCAGAUGCACUUCUACGAAACAUGUCCGUACCUCAAAUUCGCCCAUUUCACGGCCAACCAGGCCAUCCUCGAAGCCUUCGAGGGCAAGACGCGCGUCCACGUUAUCGAUUUUUCCAUGAACCAAGGCAUUCAGUGGCCGGCUCUCAUGCAAGCCCUGGCUCUCCGCCCCGGUGGCCCGCCUGCUUUCCGCCUGACCGGUAUUGGGCCUCCCGCCCCGGAUAAUUCGGACCAUCUCCAGGAAGUAGGCUGGAAGCUGGCCCAGCUGGCGGAGACCAUCAACGUGGAGUUCGAGUACAGAGGGUUCGUCGCCAACAGUCUGGCCGAUCUCGACGCCUCGAUGCUUGAGCUGAGGCCGAGCGAGGUGGAGUCGGUUGCGGUGAACUCUGUGUUCGAGUUGCACAAGCUGUUGGCUCGGCCCGGAGCGAUCGAGAAAGUGUUGUCGGUGGUUAAGCAGAUGAAACCGGAUAUCGUGACGGUGGUGGAACAGGAGGCGAAUCACAACGGUCCGGUUUUCGUUGACCGAUUCACGGAGUCGUUGCACUACUACUCCACCAUGUUCGACUCGCUCGAGGGUUCGGCGAGCAGCAACGACAAGGUGAUGUCGGAGGUGUACCUGGGGAAGCAGAUAUGCAACGUAGUGGCGUGCGAGGGGUUGGACCGCGUGGAGCGGCACGAAACGACGACGCAGUGGCGUGGUCGGAUGGGUUCGGCCGGGUUCGCGCCGGUUCACCUGGGUUCGAACGCGUUCAAGCAGGCGAGCAUGUUGCUGGCCUUGUUCGCCGGCGGGGAUGGUUACAGAGUGGAAGAGAACAAUGGGUGUCUGAUGCUGGGCUGGCACACUCGCCCGCUUAUCGCCACCUCCGCAUGGCAACUCGCCGCCUCCAGCGCCGCUUUGGUACACUGAGUCAACUCAGUGAGUCACGUCAACUCGUUUUUUUUUUUUUUUUUUUUUUUUUUUAAUAUUUCAGUCCCCCACCACCACCAUGGCUUUAGUGGACUGGACUGGGCUGUCAAAUGUGUUUUGCUGAGCUGGGUGGGUUACCCCUGACACACACUGGGUGAGUACCUACCGCUGUCCUUCCUUUGUGUCUCCCCAAUCUUCUUCUUCCUUCUUUUUCUUUUUCUUUUUCUUUUUUUUUCUUUUUUUUUUUAAUUUUAAAUCUCCCUCUCUCUCUCUCUCUCUCUCCCUUUUCUUUUUGGGUGGAAUCUUUUUUGUAAUUUCCAGGGUGAAUCAAAAAGGUUAAUGUCUAUUUAUGCU